AUGACGGCACCCCAAGAACGAAACACCAUCCAUCGACAAGGGACCCUCGACCACCAGCCCGACGUGGGGAGGGACCCCCUUCGGCAGCGGUUCGGUGCAGCGCAGGGCUGCUUGCUUGCUGCUUGCUUCGGGGGCCCAGGAUUCUCCUCAGCACCGGAUACCCAGAAACCACUGGCCCAGAUUGCGGAUCCCCUUUGGCCUUUGUGCCCUUUUCUUUGUUCCCCCUUGUCCGCCGCAGCUUGUCCCUGGCCGGGAUUGGGGUUCUUGUAUGCCCCUUCGACGCGUCUUCAACCUUCGAACCGGCUUCGAGAAAACUACGUCACUCCAGGGGGCCGCACCCAAUGGGAGCCCAACGAUGACUGCUUUUCCCCGGCCCUCGACGCUAUUUCCGCCCCUGUAGUGUGA